GGGUGGCGGUAAGCACUUACGCCAAGUAUUGUUACAGCAAGCUCCAGAAAGCAGCGUUGACGGGCGCCAAGAAGGGCCUGAAGAAGCCGAACAUCGAGGAGAUCCGCCAUGCCAAGAACGCCGUCUUCAACCCAUCCAUGUUUGGAAGCUCCCUGCAAGAAAUCAUGAACAUGCAGAAGGAGAGGUACCCGGACAGCCAGCUCCCGUGGGUGCAGACCAGGCUGUCGGAAGAGGUCCUGGCGCUCAACGGAGACCAGACCGAGGGCAUCUUCAGAGUCCCUGGAGACAUCGACGAAGUCAACGCCCUCAAACUGCAGGUGGAUCAGUGGAAAAUCCCCACCGGCUUGGAAGACCCCCACGUUCCCGCCUCCUUGCUGAAGCUCUGGUAUCGCGAACUCGAGGAGCCCCUGAUCCCCCACGAUUUUUACGAACAGUGCAUCACCCACUACGAGAAUCCUGAAGCUGCCAUCGCCGUCAUCCACUCCCUGCCGAGGAUCAACAAGAUGGUGCUUUGCUACCUCAUCCGCUUCCUCCAGGUGUUUGUGCAGCCGGGCAACGUGGCCAUCACCAAGAUGGACGUCAACAACCUCGCCAUGGUGAUGGCCCCCAACUGCCUGCGCUGCCAGUCGGACGACCC